UAAGCAAGGUGCAUAGCAGUACCUAAUGCAGAAAGCUCUCUUCAAGCAAAUUGAGGAGCUUUAACUGGCCUCUCAAAUGUUAGUGAAUGGCAUACUUAAAUUUCUGUCUGCCAGACAAUAGCAUCCCCCUUUAAUUGCUGUGUGAAAAAUUACUUCCUCACAAGCACAUAUAUGAAGGUAAUUCCCUGUCCUGAAUCACUUUAUAUAAUCGUCUGUUGUCAUCAGGAGUUCUGAGAUAACUUCAACCUAACCCGUUGACUUCUAUUUAAAUAUUUUCAAGAAGACUGACCCAAAAAACCCAAACAACUUAUUUAUUUAAUAAAGUAAUGUAGUAAUUAUACCCAAAAAAGUUCAUUUUAUUUUUUAAAAAAAAGUUAACUUUGUUGUUAUUUAGGAGUUGAUUUCAAUUCUGCAUGAGGCAAUCUGACAAUAAACAAAUCAUGAGUUUAAAUUUUCAUCUGAUUUGUGUCAGUAAUGAAAAUCAGAUUUGCAUUUACAGCAUGCUAUACUGAGAAUUUGAAGGAGUACUACUAUUGCAUGUGCCUCAAGUGUAUUAUAAUUUACUGUGUUUUUAUAAAUCCUGGUCCUGCUGUGGGACUUUAGUGAGAAAUUGUUUCAUACCUAUGCACAGUUUCAGUGGAUGGCGUGUGUCUGAAGAUACUGAGUGACCUGCUCAAGAUACUGAGUGUGAUUUCCUAGGAUGUCAGAUAUUAGGAUAAAAAUGUGAUCCAAACCACUUUAUGACUUAAGAUUUAUUGGAGUUAAAUUGAGAAUGCGGUCAGUCAAGAAAUGAGGAAAGUGUAGAUGAGAGGUUACAAUUGUAUUGUAACUAGGGCAAAAAGAGUGGGCUUCUUAUUUGUUGUUUCUUCAAACAUUUCAGAACUAACUUCAAUGCUUUCAUGAGGCUCAUGCUAAAACAAAAAUAAAUUUUUGCCAGUGUCCUGUCAUAUUAACUUUUUUUUUUUUCUGAUAGAGCUAUACUGUAAUUCCCUCAGAUACCAGCUAGCCCUCAGUAGGUGUCACCAUGAACCCUUCCUGACCCAUUUUUCACCUGCUUUUCUGGCAAAAGGCAGAUUGUUUGGUCAACUGACCCUUUUCCUUUGUAGAAGGAGCAGCAACUAUUUACCUAUGCUAGAAGCAGGGAGGGAGGGUUUUCUUUGAUUUUUUGAUAUACAUAAUACAAAAAGUGUGUUAAUAGGAGAAAUUUGCUUGCAGGUAACCAGGUCCAGCAGUUACACCAAAAAGUCCCAGUUUCAAGUAGAAGAAGAAGAUAUUGAGAAACUAGAAGUCCGAAAUGUCAGAGAGGGUUGACCUAUGGAAUAAUGGGAAUCUGGUACAAGACAUCUUUCUAGGAGAAAUUAAAGUUCCGGUGAAGGUGUUAAAAAAUGAUUCCUUUCAAGCAUGGUACUUACUUCAGCCAAGAGAAAAUGGAAACAAGUCUUCUAAAACUGAUGAUUUAGGAUCACUUAGGUUAAAUAUCUGUUACACUGAAGAUUGUGUACUUCCAUCUGAAUACUAUGCUUCUCUAAGGAACUUGCUGCUAAAAUCUUCAGAUGUUCAGCCUAUUUCUGCAUCUGCUGCCUACAUUCUGAGUGAGGUGUGUCGAGACAAGUAUGAUGCUGUGCUGCCUCUGGUUCGACUGUUGCUGCACCACCAUAAGCUGGUUCCCUUUGUUGCAGCAGUGGCAGAACUAGAUCUGAAGGACACCCAAGAAGCAAACACAGUCUUCAGAGGCAACUCAUUAGCAACUCGGUGUGUGGAUGAAAUGAUGAAAAUAGUGGGGAAGCACUACCUAAAGGUUACUUUGAAACCUGUUAUUGAUGAGAUAUGUGAGUCUCCUAAACCCUGUGAAAUAGAUCCUAUCAAAUUAAGAGAAGGGGAUAACGUGGAAAUUAAUAUGGAAAAUCUCCGCUAUUACGUGGACAAAGUGUUCCGUGAAAUAGUGCGGUCGAGUAUAAGUUGUCCUACCCUAAUGUGUGAUGUUUUUUAUUCUUUGAGGCAUCUGGCUGCCAAAAGAUUUCCAAAUGACCCUCAUGUACAGUAUUCUGCAGUGAGCAGCUUUGUGUUUCUUCGUUUCUUUGCUGUAGCCGUAGUCUCACCUCAUACUUUUCAUUUACGACCUCACCAUCCAGAUGCACAGACUUCUAGAACAUUAACUCUUAUAUCAAAAGCCAUCCAGACCCUGGGGAGUUGGGGAAGUUUGACCAAAAGCAAACUUUCAAGUUUCAAGGAGACAUUUAUGUGUGAGUUUUUCAAAACAUUUCAAGAAGAAAAAUUUACUGAAUCUGUUAAAAAGUUCCUAGAUGAUGUUUCCUCUACCGAGAUUAAAGAGCCCAGUGGCGUGAGCGAGCCAGUACAUCUAAAAGAAGGAGAAAUGUACAAAAGAGCUCAGGGAAGGACUCGGAUUGGUAAGAAGAAUUUCAAGAAGCGGUGGUUCUGUCUAACAACUAGAGAAUUCACAUACCACAAACAGCAAGAUAAAGAACCAAUUUUCACAAUUCCCAUCAAAAACAUCCUUGCAGUGGAGAAACUUGAUGAGAGCUCCUUCAACAAGAAAAAUAUGUUUCAAGUACUCCAUGGAGAAAAGCCACUCUAUAUCCAAGCAAAUAACUGUGUAGAAGCCAGUGAGUGGAUAGAGGCUCUUUGCCGGGUAACGAGGUGCAACCAGAGGAGGCUGAGCUUUUACCACCCCUCUGCUUUCCUGAAUGGGAACUGGCUCUGCUGCAAGGCCACCAUGGAGAACACUGAGGGCUGUGCUCGCUGCACCGCAGAUGUUCCUGCUGAUACUCAAAUUGAGAUUGAUGGAGACAGAGAGACAGAAAGAAUUUACUCACUUUUCACUGUCAACAGGUCUAAACUACAGAAGUUGGAAGAGGCUUGUGGAAGUAUAGCAGUCUAUCAAGGUCCUCGAAAAGAACCAGAUGAUUAUUCUAACUUCACAAUUGAAGAUUCUGUAGCAACUUUUCAUACACUUCAGCAGAUAAUAGAUACAGUAGAAAAGCUGAAUGAAUCACAUGAAAAAUACCAGAAGAAGAGAUCAUCUAGUGCCAAAUAUGGUAGUGAAGAAAAUCCGAUUGUUGGAAAAGUUUCCUAACCAAAACAAACUGGCCCACUUGGAUGAAAAAAGAAACUGGAAAUGUUCUAGAGUGUUUUGGUUUUUUGUUUCGUUUCUUUUUUUAAUUCAUUAUAUGCAUUUUUGCAAAGUAUUUAAGAAUGAACAUACAUGCUAGUUGUGUUGACAAUCUAUUUAAUAUUUAAUAGAAAAAUACCUUCUUGAAAAUCUGGUCUUUAAGGUUUAUUCUCAUUUUGCUGAAGAACUUGAAGUUCCAGGUUCUUGAAGUAACAGGUGUGAAUAAGUCCAAAUGUUGUUUUGCCAUUGCUGUCUUAUUGGAAAGAACUUUCUAAACAAAUAAGCUUUUUCAUGGAAGAAAAUCCGCACUGCAUUUGUUGGUUGGAUUACAUCUCAGUACGUACAUACACUGCAAACUUGCAUGAGUUUACCAUGAGUGCCUGCCCUGCUGAUACAGAUCUUGAAAUAGAAAUCCCAAGCUCUUAUGAUGUGGAAAAGAUCUGAAGCUUCUUCACACUCGAUACAUUUGACUUAUUUUUUCCUUGUAUUAGAUGUUGUCAGAACUUGAUUUAUCUACAGUUGAAGUUCUGUAGAACCAUGCAGUAUGCUGCAAAUAAUCUGGACAGCAGAUACCAGUGUUAGUUAUGUUAUUAAGUACUAAAGAAGAAAUCAGGGAACUUACGUUGUACCUCUUGUUUACAUUUGGGGUGAGUAAUAUAUGGAGUGACAUUAGACCACUGUCUAUUUUCUUUAGCAUUUUUUAAGGUACAUUUUUUUCUUAAUCUAAAAAGAGGUGCAGGGUAGUAACAUUCUUGUUAAAUAGGUUUGCCUACAGAUAAAAAAAUUUAAAUGUGAACAGAUUGUCGUUAAGUACUGAUCAAUUAACAUCAUCCCAUGUAUGAUUUAAUAUCUUGUUUUUAUAAAAAGUAAUAACUACGUCCAGCUCAACUUUUAACUACAAAUCUAAUAAAUAAUCUCUAUUAUAAUCACUCAAAGCACUUUAGAUAUCUGGAGUAUCCCAGAUUAUUUUUAGAUACUUUGUAGUAUCUGCUUGUUAUGAUCAGUUGAAUGAUCAACUUGUUUUGUCUUUAAGCAAUGCUUCAGUGAAUAUUUUUGUAUCUUUAGCUUCGUGGAUUAAUAUUUGCCACUUAACACAAUUUUAAACUGGCAUUCCUGACUUUAGUAAGAUCAAUUUUUGCUCACUUCAUCUGAGAAGUUAGGUUUAUGCUGAGAAAAAGUGUAUGUGUAUAACCAGGAAGAAGCAAAGGUAUUACUGUGGCAACUUUGCUUCAUCAGUAUUAAAUACAAUGGUACUCCUUGGAAUAUUAUUUUUAUUAAAAGUUGUAUGUGGUACUUUUAUUUUUAAAGCAUUUUCUGUGGGGUCUUUUGUUGUUUUUGCUGGGUUUUUUUUUUUAGGUUUUGGGGUUUUUUUCCAAUCAUGACUUGGCCAAAUUAAUUAGGAAUGUAACUUAGAAUAGAAAUACACAAUGCUUGAAACAGUAAGAUGUUGAAAUUACCACAUAUUUAAUAUACUGUUGUAGGAAGGCUUUCUGUAAUAGAAACAAGGUGGCAAGACAGGAUUGAAAUUUCUUUGGAAUGAAUGUAACUUGUUAGAAUGACUAUUGGGCUUAAUACCAAGAUACUUUAGAAUAUCUGGGAUUCGGUACUAGGAUCUACAACAUCACAAUUAUUUAAUCACCUCAGCUGGUUUUGCCUUUUCCUUUUUUACACAUUUGAUGUGUUGAACAGGACUUUUAUUUGCCAACAGUUGAAAUUGAGGGAGAAUACAGCAAGGCCAAUAAAUGUGUUUUGCCGAGGUAAAGGUAAAGAUUAAUUGUCGUUAAUCAAAAGCUGCCAUUAAACAAAGUUGAAUGUGGUUGAGUGUCAGAUUUAGGUUUUGUUGUAUAUGAAUUAACCCUGUGGCAAACCCUCUUCCUUGGAGCCAUUUUUUGUUGUUUUCAAAGUCAAAUUUGUGAAAAAUUGAGUUGUAUACUCUUGCAAUGUUGGGGGGGUUUUAAUAUGCACUUUUUUUUUUUUUUUUUUUUGCUUUGGUACUGGAAUAUUGAGAAAAAAACCUAAAAGGCCAUUGAAUACUUGUGACCAUUAAGAUUUGAUUUCUCAUGUUGUAAUGUUUUAAAGUGCAGUAGAUGUUCUAGAAUUUAAUUAGGUACAAGUAGGAUGAUUAAUAAUAAAAGUUGCCUUCAUUUUGAUUAGUCUAGAAAAGUGAUGUUAUUCAGUAAUUAGUUCUGUUAGGAUUGUAAAAGUUUUAAUGUUAUUAUGAUGGUGUAUUGUUGAAUGUAUUUUUAUUUAAAUUUUAUUUUCUUAUCAAGACAUUAAAAUGUUUUGUAACAUUGCUUGAGAAUAACUCAGAAAUAAAUUACAACAAACCUGA